AUGUCGCUCUCCUGGUUCCGCUGUAGAGCGAGGCUGCUCGCUUUAGUAGCAGUCUUUCUUUUCGGGACAUUCUUCUGCCUCACACAAUACGCAGACAUGGGCUCGUUGCGUCAGGGUUCCUUUUUAGCCCUUCUCUCAUCAACACCAGCUGUCAUAGGGUCUGAUCCUAAAUUAAAAUGGUAUCCUCCUAGUGAGAAUAAGGUCAAUUCUCUAAAUGGUGCGAUUAAUGGGGAGGGGACUUAUGGGUUUAUCUUUGACUCGUCGGUUACACCUGAUGAGAAGUAUGGCACGUAUAAUUGGUGUAACAUGCCUCAUGCUAGGAAGAGAGAGUAUGAGAAGCCUUCCAAGGAGUAUGAGCUUCAAUAUGUUGAAGUGAUUCAAAGGCACCACAAGCGCACUCCAUAUGCAAGCAACGCGUUUCCAGUAGAACCAUACCAAUGGAACUGCGAUAAUCAGGGUCUGUACUACUUCGGUAGACAAUUCACCGAUGAACCCAAAUCCAACGCUCAAGGCUACUGGAAAGGCUUCAUUUCCGACAUCAACCCCUUCAUCCCGUCCGGAUGGAUCGGAUCGUGUCAGUUUCCCCAAAUCACAGCUGAAGGUCUCGAUGAUUCAUGGGUUCAUGGAAAAGAUCUCUAUGAGGUGUAUCACGACCUUCUCAACUUUAUUCCCGGCCGUGAUGAGGACUGGCGAAGCAAGGUCAACUUCAGAGUCACCAACAACCAAAUCACGAGCCAAGUCGCAGGCAUGUUUAUCAACGGUAUGUAUCAGGCCACCGAUUCAGUCCCGUUACGUAUCCAACAAGCGGGCGUGGAUAGUCUUGAGCCGCAGUACAAGUGUAGCGUUGGAAGCAAGCUCAGCAGCGCUAUUAAGUCGUCCUCCAACGCAGAGUGGAAGAAGCAUCUCGACAAGACGAGAGAUCUGUACAAGACUCUGGAUGACAUCUCGGGUGUGCCAGCUGAUGACGAGGGCUUUCAUGAGAGCUUUGAUCAUUACUACGAUAAUUUGUCUGCGAGACAAUGUCACGCCAAGCCGUUCCCUUGCAAGCUUGUCGAUGGGAAGAAUUCUACUACAUGCGUUGAUCAAAAGCUUGCCAACACGGUCUACAGAUUGGGUCAAUGGGAAUACUCCCAGAUCUACCGCGAUGCGCCUGCUUCGUUGGCUGCGUCAGCCACAUCGUGGGGUGUAUGGGUCGCCGAGCUGGCCAGCCAUUUUAGACAAGUCAUGGCUGGCAAGCAAGACAUUCUGUAUCUCCACAAUUUUGCCCACGAUGGUUCGGUCAGUCGUCUUUUGAGUAUUCUUCAGAUUGAUGUCAUGGUUUGGCCUGGUAUGGGAAGUGAGGUUGUGUUUGAGCUUUACAAGAAGGGCGGCGAGUAUUUUGUGAGGAUUUUGUUCAGUGGCAAGACAUUGAAAUCAUCGCAUCCAGAUUUGGGGGUCAUGGAGAUGGUUCCUGUUGAGAGAUUGUUGGAAUAUUUUGAUGGAUUGACUGGUAAGGAUGCCAGUCUUGUCAAGGGUAGAUGUUCAGGUGAGAUUCCACUGUAG